AUGGAUUAUAUUUGGCCUGCUGUCCAGUACGCCUGGCAGGGGGCACUCGCUUACCUGUGGGGCGGCAACCUCCAGAGGUGCCCGUCCGUCUCGAUCCCGCCGUGCCCGGCGAUCCCGCCGUGCCCGGCGAUCCCUACGUGCCCUGGCUGCCCGGCGUGCCCGGGCAGGAGCCUUGCGCCUGCCAACCCGGCGCCGCCGGGUGGCGAGCUGACCACCGAGGCGUCGUCCUCGUCGUUCUGGAUCGUGGUGCUGGUGAACGAGCUGCUGCUCCUGGGCCUCGCCGGCUGCUACUUGUACUACUCCUGGGACUGGGUGUACCACAUUGAGCGCGUCUCUCGAUGGGUGUUUCUCAUAUGCACCGUGGACACGGACAUCUACGAGGAGGACUACUCGUGCGAAGGGGCCGACAUCAUCGCAGUGUGGUUCGCCAGCGACGGUGCCACCUUCCCUGCUGGCAUCCGAGCGUCGUACCGCUUCAGGCGGAACCUGACGGCUGGGGAGCAGCAGCAAAUCGGCCAGGCUGGCCCAGGCGCAGGCGCCGCUCCGGCCGCAGGAGCCGCGGGAGCCCCGCUGGCCGCUGCCCUGGCCGCUCCCAGCGGGGGCCCCGCCGCGCCCGCUGGCGCGGGGGCCCCAGCCGCGGCCGCUGCUGCGCCCGCGCCCGCGCCUGCUGGCGCGGCGCCGGCGGCCGCACCUCCGGCGGCGGCCGCGGCGGGCGGUGGGGCUCCAGCCGCGGUCUGGGCGCUGGUGGAGUCGACGACCGCUGGCCAGCGUGGGGCGGUGGUGGCACCGCCGGCGGGCUCGGAGCUGAAGGGCCCCAUCGGCCUGAUGCCGCUGAACGAUGGUUCGUGGGUGGCUAUCCGCUCAAUCACUGGAUCAGCGCAGGAGUACGCGGGGCGGGAGGCUGCCGCUGACGCUAGGCUGAUGGGCAUCGUGCCGAACCCUGUUCCUGGAGGGCGGCUGCUGCGCCAGUGGCGAGACGCGGUGGCCAGCUUCACCGAGGAGACCUUCGUGGACUGGUACAUCCCUGGGCCGCGCACAUGCACGUGGCGUUGCAAGUGCAUCGACAGGCGGCAGGGCGGACCGCUCGAUCACUUUCGGUUCUGGAAGUUGACCUUGGGCCUGUCGUCGGACGACUAUACGGUCGACAGCGAGAUCUUUUUCCAUUGCCUCACGUUCUGGCGCGCCCGCUGGCACGCGCUGCUCACCAUCCGAGCCUCGCCCGCCUUCGGGCACUGGGCAACUGGCUCGGGUGGCAGAGGGCACCUGCUUGCGGGCGCACAGGAACCCGAGGUUGUACGUCCAGCUCUUGCGGAUCCUCGAGCGUCGGAACCUCAUCGACUACGCGCUGGCAAGACCUGCAGCGUGGGUGUGUUCUUCACUUUUAAGAAGUCGGGGAAGCUGCGGCUCAUCCUGGACGGCAGAAACGCGUCGCUGCGCUUCCAGGUCCCCGACAAGGCGGCCCUCGUGUCCGGCGCGAGCUUCGCUGGGCUCCACGCGGGCGGCGGCAAGCUCAUCGUUGUCGGAGGUCGACCAGGCCGACGCCUUUUACACGAUGCUGCUGCCGCCAGUGUUCCGGCGAUACUUCGCGCCGAGGGCUGCCGCGCUGGCCAGCUGGGGCUCGACUGUGCCGCAGACGGCCGCCAACUGAGCGGCGCGGGCACGGUCUACCCAUGCUUGUGGUGCCCGCCCAUGGGCUGCUCCUUCAGCCUAUGGAUAUGUCAGGCGAUGCUGGAGGGCAUGGCGUUGAAGGUUUCUCAUCGAGCUCAUGCCUUUAAGGCAACCGACCCCGCCGACCCUUUCGUUUCGGAGUCGAACAUCGGCGCUGACAAGUUCGAGGGGGCGAAGUCCCUGAUCGAGGUGGAGACCGCGGACGUAAAGGAGGAUGAGGAGUUCCCCGGAAUCCCGCGCGACGUCUGGGCGAGUGGCACCCGCUGGGCGUGCAGUGGCGAGGGAGGCCGCGGCAAACGGUCACUCCUGGAGCAGAAGGCGGUGGGGGACAAGACAGCGCUGGACUACCAGAUACGGUGCCAUGCCUUCCUGCACUGGGCGGCGGCGGCGAGGCCACCCGUGGCGGCGAUCCCGGACCUCGAGGAAGCCCUCCUGGAGUACUUCAACCAGCUGUACUUCGCGCUGGACCUGAUGCCGAAGCUGGCCAACCUGCCCCGGGUGCAGAGGGCGCUCACGGGCUGGAAGGCGCUGGCGCCCCCUCGGGCGCGCCUUCCCUUGCCGUGGUCGGUGGUGGCGCUGAUGGCGAACUGGAUGGUGUCGAACGGGCUCGUGGCGGCUGCGCAGACCACCGCGUCGACCUUCACCCUGUACCUGAGGCCGUCGGAGACACUGUCGCUGCUGGUCGGGUCGUUCGCGCGGCCGGUGAAAAGCGGACCGCGCCACCUGAGCAAGGACUCGGCCCUGCUGUUCCCCGCCGAGCUCGAGGCGAGGUCGAAGACGAAGGACUGCGACAUAAGCCUCUUGCUGGACAACCCGGAGUUCGGAUGGGCGGAUCGAGUGCUGGACCGCCUCGUGGAGGGCCGCCCGGCCGACGCUCCCCUGUUCGCCCUGGACAUGAGGUCUUGGGUGCGGGCCUUCCAGCGGGCCAGCGCUGCCCCGGGUCUGGAGAACCGGAGCAACUGGGCCUGCGCGGCCGACUCCAAGGUGCACCUGGAGAUCUUCAGCGGCUCUGGCAAUUGGUCUAAAGCGCUGCGGCGUGGUUUGGCCUCGCAGCUGGCGCCGCGCGUCUUCGAGCUGGACGUGGACCGCGAGCCCGUCCUCGGCGACCUCGGCCGACGACUCGCACAGCGCGUGGUGCGCGGCUGGCUCCGCGGCGGCCUGCUGCAGGGAGUCUGGCUGGGGAUGCCGCGCAGUUCCUGGUCGAGAGCACGGAACCGGCUCAACGGGCCACCGGUGCGCAGAGGGACGCCCGCGGUGAGGCGCCCUGCCAAGUAUGACGACCUGGACCCCCAGAGAAACGAGACGUUCCUGGCCAAGGUCGUGCCCGGCUUCGAGGAGCUGCCGGUGACCCUGCAGCUGAUCAUCGAGCUCGCCCUCUCCGCCGCGUUCGUCGUGCUGGCGGCCUGGACCCUGUUCUUGCAUGCCAAGCGGGCGGCCGCGGAGGGUAGCGUCCCCCGCGUCGGCCCUGCCUCCGCGUCGGCCCUGCGCGGCCGCCGGCAGCCUGAUGCCGCCCUCGGUUGCCGAGUGGAGCACGAGGAGGACGCAGUGUUCGAGCCUACAAAGUUCCAAAAGGGAGACUUCAUGAACAAAGGUCACCACCUCGGCCGCUUCUGUCGCCGCUUCUGCAGGGGCUGCAUCACACAAUUCGUGCCCAAGGUUGUCCUUGUCACGACCGUCCCCCUGGAGCUGUCGCUCUGGCAUGAGAGGCUGCCGCUGGAGGAGUCGCUGCCCUUCCCUGCGGGCGGCAGUCGGGCUCGGCUAGAGCAGAGAACUGGGGGAGUCUUCGCCGUGGUCACAGGCAUGGGCCCACAGAACGCUUCGCUCUCCCUUACCGCCCUGGGCCACGACGCGCGCUUCGAUCUGAGGCAGGCUCACCAGCUUCUCGCGGGCAUCACGGAUUUCGACCCGAGCCUCCGUUGGCAGCGCCGCCUGGGCGAGGCGGACACCCUGCACUUCAUGCAGGGGCCCCGCCAGCCUCGCUGCGGCCCCGAGUCAGCCUGCACCGCCGCCGAAGGGGAGGCCUCGCCGCUAUCCGCGAAGGGUGCGGCUGCCAUCCCCGCCGUUGACGCCGUUGACAACGUCGCCUCGCUGCUGAGCACGAGGGAAUCCGUGCUGCUUAUCGACUGCGCAUUCCAGACCAAGGGCGUCUACUGGGAUGCGCUGAGCCCCGUCGCCGCGUGGAUCGUGGUUAUCCAGCAAAGGUGGGCACCGCUGCUGCAGCUCAAGUGGAUGCAGGUGCGGAGUAUUGGGCGUGGUUUGGCAUACGCGAAGCUGACCGUCUCGCUAAGGAGGGAGCUCGUGCUCAGGCACGCUGACAGCGAUGCGGGUGGCGGCGACGUGGGUUUCAGUGUCGUGUGGGUAGGGGGCUGGUUCGUGGCCAGCGCGCUUGCAGGAAAGGAGCGCGCCGCGAAGAAGGCGAAAGCCUCGGCCAAGGACGGCGCGCCGGUCGUCGUUGAGGACGACGAGGCGCGCCGGAAGAAGGAGGCCGAGGAGGCCGCCGAAGAGAUGAUGGCGCGCGUGCUGGCCUUCGCUAAGGAGCGCGAGAAGGAGCAGGCCGCCAGUGUGAAGGCGACGCCGGAGCCGCCAGCCGAGCCGCCCAAGGCGCCUGGACUGCAGAAAGCUCCCGCGGCGAAGAAGAGCAAAGGCGCGUCCUGGGGCGACGACGAGGACGAGGAGCCCAAGGAGAAGCCCAAGGAGAAGGAGGCCUGGGAGUACAUGAAGAAGGACGAAUUCGGGGCGGCCAACUUCUUCGACUUCAACCAAUUCUGA